CAGAACUCAUUGACUGAGCUUCCUAAAGUCCCGGUAGUGACGUCAGUAUGCGCGCGCCCCGUCAAGCAGCUGUCGCUUCUCGCCGGUGUUAGUUUGUUCGUUCGUUCGCGUGCAGGUUGUGUGUUGGAAUAUAUGUUUUAUAAGUUGUUUUGACUGUGAAGAAAUGAAAUAAGGAGGCCACGGUACCGGCUCAGGGCAGCAGUCUGUUACAGGGCGCAGACGUAAAUGUUCAUUCAUCGGAGGCAAUUUAGAGACGCUGGGUCAUCUGAGCCGUAUGUCUUUGGAAGGUGAGAGGAAGCCCACACAAACGCAACUGUUCACAGGGAGCUGACGCUGGAUUCGGGCUGAAAAUCCCGGAGCUGGAUGCUUUUAAAUUUCCUACAGAUUUCUGACUCCAUGCUAUUAAAUGGCUCAAUUUUUCGAAGAAUUCUGUCACACAGACGGAUCGGACCCCUUUCCAAUCUGGCAGAACAAAACCAUCAGUUCCUGCUUCAACAAGCUGAUGCUUAAUUCUUUGCCACAUGGUCUUCUCGCUAUCACCAGUGCAUGUUAUCUGAAUAUACCAAGAUGCAGCCGCAUCACUUCUUCUACCUCAUAUGGCUGGGGCAUCAGGAUAGUUGUGGCAUUUUUGAUGGCAGUACUUUUUGUUUUGGAUGUUGUUAUAGUAGGUCUACUACAUCUACCAACAAUGUACCUUGACAUUCUGGCUGAUGGAUGUGCCACCCUUGGUUGGUCUGUGCACUUCAUGUCACUGGUUGUUUUACAGAAAUCAGUUUACAGUGCAACCAGAGGUCCUGUUUGCUUGCUGAUUCUUGCCAUCAUGCCAGUUUUUACACUGACUGUUACCAUGGUUUCCUACUGCCAGGACAGUAUCUGUCUGGACAUUUCUCAGCCCUUUAGCGUGAUGCGGCUGACUCUAGUAGCCAGCCAACUCUUCCUGCUUUUUGUGUAUUUCCUGGCAUUUGCGGUCCCAUGCCAGGCUGAACAUGUGGAGCUCAUCUCAGUCAACGACUCAGAUCAGACCCCCCUAAUUCCUGGAGGAGUUCACUUUGGGCAGGAUGGGCAAAUUGUCGGAGAUGAUGGGGCCACCUGGCUGUCCAGGAUCUUUUACCUCUGGUUAAACCCUCUUAUGAAACGUGGUCAAAACAUGGAACUCGAAAGACCUUCGGAUGUCUGUCUGCUACCCUGUCACCUUCAGACAAGGGUUGUCCGCCAGAACUUUGACCGCUGUUGCGGGAAGUCUAGGCAUGAGGAGGUUGCGUUCGAGGAUGAGGCUGGACACAGGAGAAGAGAAGACCUCUGUAAAGAUGGAGUAUUCCGAGAGCGCUCUGAAAUCCGCCUUCUUCCAGUGCUGCACAAGGCCUUCGGGCUGAAGUACUACUUGCUAGGUGUGGUGAAGUUGCUUGGGAACAUGCUGGGUUUUGCAGGACCAUUGCUCCUCAGCAGCCUUGUGGCCUUCAUGGAAGACAGCCAAGCACCCAUUAGCCAAGGACUAUGGUGCUCCUUGGGUCUGUUCACGAGCACUUUGCUCUCUGCUGUCCUCCGUAAUAUUUUCACAUUUGAAGUGUCCAAAGUUUCACUUUCUGCCCGUGCUGCAGUAAUCUCUGCCAUUUACCGCAAGGCCUUGCGGGUGAGCAGCACUACACUUGCUCAGUUUAACUUGGGUGAAAUUGUCAACUUCAUGAGUACAGACACUGACCGGCUGGUAAACUUCUUCAAUAAUUUUCACGAUAUUUGGAAUCUUCCCCUGCAAUUUGCAGUCACCCUAUACCUCUUUUAUGUGGAAGUGGGUGUGGCAUUCUUGGGAGGAUUGGGUUUUGCCCUUCUGCUGAUACCUCUUAAUAAGGUCAUUGCCACCCGUAUCAUGAAGAACAACAAGGACAUGCUACAGAGCAAGGACAGCCGUGUCAAGCUAAUGACAGAAAUGCUGUUUGGGAUGAGGGUGAUCAAGUUCUACACCUGGGAGCAUCACUUCAUACAGAAAAUUGGUGACUGCCGCAAACGGGAACUGUCUCAUCUGAAAAAAAUCAAAUACCUUGACGCUGUGUGUGUCUACAUCUGGGCAGCACUACCUGUCUUAAUUUCCAUUACCACCUUUGUCACUUAUGUGCUGUUGGGCAAUGAGCUUACUGCUGCCAAGGUUUUCACAACGCUGGCCUUAGUGGGUAUGCUCAUCUUGCCCCUUAAUAACUUUCCCUGGAUCUUGAACAGCACCAUUGAGGCCAAAGUGUCACUGGACCGUAUCCAAUGCUUUCUAAGGCUUUCCGACCAGGACAUGGAUAUGUACUACAGCAGUGCACCACCUGAAGAACCACUUAUUGCUGUCCAGCUGAAGAACAGCUCUUUUUCUUGGAGGGGUGCUGAUAACACUAAUCUUGCCCCGAGUGAGGCAUCUUCCCCAGAUGGCACUUUUCUGCUUCAUAACAUCAGCUUUGCUAUUAAAGAGGGGUCCCUGGUUGCUGUGGUAGGAAAAGUUGGCUGUGGAAAGAGCUCACUAUUGGCCGCCAUCGCUGGAGAGCUGAUCCGGUGUGGCGGUGUGGUUUAUGUCCAGGGAAGAGAAAAUGGAUUUGCCAUGGCUGCCCAGGAGCCUUGGAUCCAGCACGGAUCAGUCCGAGACAACAUCUUAUUUGGCAAAGAAUACAAUAGCCACUUCUACCAAUCAGUGAUUGAGGCUUGUGCUCUUACUGAAGACCUCAAUAUACUGCCCGGUGGGGACAGGACAGAGGUUGGGCCGAACGGAGUCACGCUAAGUGGGGGACAGAAAGCUCGACUUGCCUUGGCUAGAGCCGUCUACAUGGAGAAGGACAUUUACCUUCUUGAUGAUCCUCUUGCUGCAGUGGAUGCUGAUGUGGCGAAACACCUCCUGGAAAAAUGCUUAAUGGGAAUCCUCAAGAAUAAGACUAGAAUACUAUGUACCCAUCGUAUAGAAUUUCUUGACAAAGCUGACAUUGUAGUUCUUAUGGAUAAUGGCAUGAUUGUGAAAAUAGGUAGUCCCAAUAAAAUCCUCCCUGAGGUGGAGCCAGUGCCGAAGAACAGAAAUAAAAAUGACAACAAGAAAGAGAACGAUGGGGUGAACAGAGAGUUGGAGCAGAAGCAAGAUGAAGAUGAAUUCUGCGAACAGCCAUCUCUAAUACACUGUGUCAUGGGUGAAGAGCAGAAACAGACGGGCGUAGUCACUUGUAGAGUGUACCGCUCAUACUGGCUCGCAGUGGGAGGCGUCCUUGGAUUUACUAUACUUUUCUUUCUGUUCCUCAUGCAAGCUUCUAAAAACAUAUCAGACUGGUGGCUGGCUCAUUGGAUCACCAACAUUAAGAACAAUGAGAACUUCACUCAUAGGGAUCUGUUGUUACACAGUCUUUCACCAAGUAUGCCACUGUUGCAAGCAAUGAUGUCACCAAAUCAUUUCAGCAAUCAAAAUGUCAAUGUGACUGGUCAGCUGGAGUUCUACUUAACUGUGUAUGUGUCUAUCGCUGCUGCCAACUCAGUCUUUACCAUCAUCCGAGCAUUUGUCUUUGCUUAUGGAGCCAUUUGUGCCGCCACGGUCAUUCACAACCGACUGCUGGACAGAGUGCUAAAGGCUACUGUGACCUUCUUUGAUUCCACUCCACUUGGCCAGAUCAUCAAUCGCUUCUCAUCAGAUUUGUACAGUGUGGACGAUAUGCUGCCCUUUGUUCUCAAUAUCCUGCUAGCUAAUAUUUUUGGCCUACUGGGAAUGAUAGUUAUGAUGAGCUAUGGCCUACCAUGGAUUCUGCUGCUAUUAUUGCCAUUGGGGGUGCUCUACUAUAAAAUCCAGCACUUCUACCGUCAUACCUCCCGUGAACUCAAACGCCUCUACGCCAUUACCCUUUCCCCCAUCUACACCCACUUCUCUGAGACUCUCACAGGAUUGUGUACCAUCCGAGCCAGCUGCAGCAGUCUUAGGUUUGAGGAGGAGAAUGAAAGCCGUCUGGAAAGAAACCAGCGGUGUCUGUUUGCUGGCAAUGCAGCUAUGCAAUGGUUAGACAUUCGCCUACAGAUGAUUGGUGUUUUGGUAGUGACAGGCCUCAGUGUGAUUGCUAUAAUUCAGCACCAGGCUAAAUCUAUUGACACAGGCCUUGUGGGUCUUUCUCUGUCUUAUGCUCUCUCAAUCACUGGCUUACUUUCUGGGCUCAUCUUCAGCUUCACACAGAUGGAAACUCAAAUGAUUAGCGUGGAGCGGACGGAAGAGUACUCCACUGACAUCCCAGCUGAGCCUCAGCAUGGAAGUUUGGAGGUGUCCUCCUUGUGGCCAGAACAUGGGCAGGUCGAGUUCCAAAAAGCUGUACUAGUGUACCGUUCAGGUUUGCCAAAUGCUUUAGAUGAGUUAAGUGUAGUCAUCCAGGCUGGAGAGAAGGUUGGAGUGGUGGGCCGAACAGGUUCUGGCAAGUCCACUAUGUUCUUAGCCCUUUUCCGAAUGUUGGAGCUGAGCAGCGGGAAGAUUCUGGUGGACAAGGUGGACAUUAGCAAGAUGGGCCUGGAACAGCUAAGGUCCAAGCUGGCCAUCAUCCCACAGGACCCAUUCCUUUUCAGUGGGACUGUACGGGAAAACCUGGACCCCUGUGGAAUUCACUCCGAUGCUCAGCUACUAGAUGUACUGGAACAGUGUCACCUCAUGCAGGCAGUCAACAGAAUGGGGGGGCUGAAUGCCGAAGUGGGGGAGAAGGGGAAGUCUCUGUCAGUGGGGCAGAGGCAGUUGCUGUGUCUCGCACGGGCCUUGCUGACCCAGGCCAAGAUAUUAUGUAUUGAUGAAGCUACAGCCAGUGUUGACCAGCAAACAGACAAGCUGCUGCAGCAGACAAUUAGGGAGAAGUUUAAAGACAGAACUGUGCUUACAAUAGCUCAUAGAAUAAAUACCAUUAUGGACUCUGACAAGGUGUUGGUAAUGCACGCAGGGAAGGCUGUGGAAUUUGACACUCCUGAAGUUCUAAUGCAAAGAGAAGAUUCAAUAUUCUACAAAUUAAUCCAUGUGCACUCAGAAUAAGGGCCAAACCUUGUGGACCAUGUUUAUAACUUUUUGUACUGUAGAAAUGCAUGUUUAUAUCGGGAUGAAUGACUACUUGAAAUUGACAAGAGUGAUUCUGUAUCUGGUAAGUUAAAAUCGGUUAAAUUAAGGAAGUAAGAAGGCUAUUGUAAAGGAGAGCAUGGGUGACAAAUUGUUGGAUAUGUUGUGGGCCUUUUUAAAUACUCAACUACAGGGUUCCCUUGCAUAUGUACCUGCUCAUAUAUUCUCAUAAAAGGAAAAAAGUACAUUAGAUGAAUACCUAAACAUACAGCAGGAAGAAAAAUGUUGCUAUUAAAGAAAAAAAAGCAAACAUUGUUUUAAUGUUAGUUAUGGGUUUACUGCAAAAUACAUGAAUACAGAACUACAGUUUUUAGCCUUUUACUCAGCAUUCCACAAAGUUUUAUAAGAUCACAAUGCAAUGGUCCACAAAUGCCAUGUUUAUGGGAUUUGAAAUUAAGUUUUGGACAAAUGACACUGUACUAAAGAAAAGGCUGAGAUCUGCAUUUUGAUGUUCAGAAGUAGUCCAAAAACAUUAGCAACUUCUUUAAAAAAAAAAAAAAA